AUGGGUCCACCUCGCCGAAAGAUGCUGGCUACAGCAGAGGGAACCUUGACCCCUCCAGACGAGCUAUCUGACACUCAGCAGAUCGUGAAAGCAAUCAAAGCCACCGGAAACAACAUCUACUUGAUCGAACAGGCAGACAAGAAGCAGAUGCUGGUCGAAUUGCCUGCGCGUUUCCGUUCGGCCAUCUGGAUCAAGCGCAGCUCGUACGUCGUGGUCGACACCAAGGGUCAGGAGGAGCGGGACAAUAAAAUUGGAGGGGAAAUUGUCAACAUCGUCAGGGACGAAAAGGCGUGGAGAAAGGCUCCCUUUUGGCCUAAGGAAUUCGUGAAACAGCAGGUUGUAAUGGCGUCCGACUCUGACGACGAGGAAGAGUCGCGUGUGGGCCAAAUGCCUUCUUCGGACGAGUCAGAGUGA